GCACUGUGCCGGUUUCCGGAAGUCGGACCAUGGCGUCUCUCCGCGAAGCCACCCUGCGGAAACUGCGGCUCUUUUCGGAGAUGAGAGGCAAACCAGUGGCAGCUGGGAAAUUCUGGGAUGUAGUUGCCCUGACAGCAGCUGAUGAAAAGCAGGAACUUGCUUACAAGCAACAACUGUCUGAGAAGCUGAAGAGGAAGGAAUUGCCCCUUGGAGUUCAGUACCAUGUUUUCACUGAUCCUGCAGGAACCAAAAUUGGAAAUGGAGGAUCAACAUUCUGUGCUCUUCAGUGUCUGGAAAGUCUCUACGGAGAUAAGUGGAAGUCUCUCAAAGUCCUGCUGAUUCACUCUGGUGGUUACAGUCAACGUCUUCCCAAUGCAAGUGCUUUAGGAAAAAUCUUCACAGCUUUGCCACUUGGUGAGCCCGUUUUUCAGAUGUUAGAGCUGAAACUAGCCAUGUACGUGGAUUUUCCCGCACGCAUGAAGCCUGGAGUUUUGGUCACCUGUGCCGAUGAUAUUGAGCUGUACAGUAUUGGGGACUCUGAGUCCAUUGCGUUUGACAGGCCUGGCUUUACUGCCUUAGCCCAUCCGUCUAGUCUGGCUGUUGGCACCACACAUGGAGUAUUUGUCUUGGACUCUGCCAGUUCCUCACAACAUGGUGAUCUCGAGUACAGACAGUGUCACCGUUUCCUCCAUAAACCCAGCAUUGAAGACAUGUACCACUUUAACGCUGUGCAUAGACAAGGAAGCCUUGGUCAACAGGACUUGGCUGGGGGCGACACUGCCUGUCUUCCAUUGCACUCUGAGUAUGUCUACACAGAUAGCCUGUUUUACAUGGAUCAUGAAUCAGCCAAAAAGCUACUUGAUUUUUAUGAAAGUGUAGGCCCACUCAAGUGUGAAAUAGAUGCCUAUGGUGACUUCCUGCAGGCACUAGGACCUGGAGCGACUGCAGAGUACACCAGGAACACGGCACAUGUCACUAAAGAAGAAUCCCAGUUGUUGGACAUGAGGCAGAAAAUAUUCCACCUCCUCAAGGGAACACCACUGAAUGUUGUUGUUCUUAAUAACUCCAAAUUUUAUCACAUUGGAACAACGGAAGAAUAUCUGCUUCAUUUCACUUCUGAUAGUACAUUAAGGUCAGAGCUGGGCUUGCAAUCCGUAGCUUUCAGUGUCUUUUCAAAUGUCCCUGAAUGCUCCCAUGAGACACCCUGUGUCAUUCACAGUGUACUGGACUCAGGAUGCCAUGUGGCCUCUGGGUCAGUUGUAGAGUAUUCCAGGCUGGGACCUGAGGUUUCCAUCGGGGAAAACUGCAUUAUUAGCGGCUCCGUCUUAGCAAACACUGUCCUGCCGCCAUAUUCUUUCCUUUGUUCUUUAAGUGUGGAGAUGAGUGGACACGUAGAGUAUUCAACCAUGGUGUUUGGCAUGCAAGACAACUUGAAAAAAAGUGUUAAAACCAUAUCAGAUAUAAAGACUCUUCAGUUCUUCGGAGUCUGCUUUAUGUCCUGCUUAGAUAUUUGGAACCUUGAAGCUACAGAGGAACUCUUUUCUGGAAGUCAGACACACCUGAGCCUGUGGACUGCUCGGAUCUUCCCUGUCUGCUCCUCUCUGAGUGAAUCGGUUGCCGCAUCCAUCGGGAUGUUACAAGCUGUACAGAGCCGCUCACCAUUCAACCUGCGCAGCUUCAAGCUGCUGUCCAUCCAGGAAAUGCUGCUCUGCAAAGAUGUACGGGACAUGCUGGCUUACAGGGAGAAAAUCUUUCUAGAAAUUGGUGCAAAUAAAAGACAGUCUGAUUCGGGGAAAUCUUAAAUACGAUGUAUUUUUUCCUGUGAACAGGAUUGCAAAUGCAGGCAUUUUCUAUAGACCUCUGACCCUUCCUUCCUUCCUUCCUUCCUUCCUUCCUUCCUUCCUUCCUUCCUUCCUUCCUUCCUUCCUUCCUUCCUUCCUUCUUCCUUACCUGAUUUUGCCAUGUUUCAGUAAAGCAACAUAAUUUAUAUUACUAUAACUGCUGAAGCAUUAUUGACAAAGGUAUUGAUAGCCACUUCUGUUUGAAAAACAUUUCAGAAUUCAGGAAAGUGAUGCUGUUUUAUAUAUUUAAAUAAAUUUUAUGUUUUACACUAUUAUAGCUUUAUUUUUGGUAAAGAUCAGUUUGUGGGAUACUGUUUCACUCACAUUAUAAAGACUCCUGUUUUAGAGGAUGAUUUCCUAAACAGUUUUAGACGUUUUCUGUCUUUGGAAAUGUGGACCAAUGAAGCUCUAGGUGACAUUGAUGACUGUUAUUUGUCACAAUGAGACUGUACCUAACAAAAACACCCUGUUAAAGUUUUAAAGACUAUUGUCCUUUUUUGUUAUUUCUCCUUUUGAGUUUUUAUUUUGUUUUUCUGUUAUGUGCACUAGUCUGUUACCUGCAUGUAUGCGUGUGCACCACCAGAAGGGCUGUUCUCAAACUGUUCCAUUGCAUUGAAAAAUAUAUGCAGACAGAACUCACUUGUUUGCUCAGAGGUUGUGAGAGUAGUUGAGAGAGAGCCUUGCUCACUUCGCCAUGGACAUUACUUAAUUAAUCCAUUCCUAACCCUUCCAAAGUUCUCUUGGCUUGACAAUGGAUAUUGUGUUUUACAUAAUUUUCUGUGCACACUGAUAAUGAUGCUGAGAAGAAACAGUUGGCUCAGAGAGGAGGAAAUUAGAAUAGGGAAUCUGAGAUUAAUACCUAGAUCAUAAGGAAUUUCAGGAAAAUGAAACUUUGGUGGAAUUCCAGGUUAUGUGCACCUGUUUUAAAAUAAACACAUUUGUGAAAUAUCUUUAGGUUGAGGUUGAAUAGGAGUAAGAAUUGUCAUACUUGUGUUUAAAUUACCUUAAGAAAACUAAUAACUGCUGUGAAAAUUUUAUUUAUAUAUGAAUUUUCAUAAAUAGAUGAUAAACUAGAUCUGUUAAAACCCUCUACUAUAUUUAAAUGAAUUUGUAUUUCUUUUUUGAGGUUUCAGGGGCAAAAUAUGUGUGAUAUUGUUUGAUAAUUAUUGAUUUGCUUACAGAGAUUUCAAUAGUUGUUGAAUGCUAUUAAAUGGUCAUACUAAUUUUACUGAAAGUUCUAUCAAUGAUAAUUCAUAAUUCAUGUUCUAAGAAAAAUAUCAUAAAUAAAGAAGACUAUUGAU